CGAGGUUUCUCAGAAGGUGAGAAUAAAAGCCUAAGCUACGAUGCUAACGGCUUGUUAGCCUUGUGUGCUGACACUUUUGCAUCCAGCUAGAUGGAGGAGAAAACGCGUGACUCUUGUUAAGGGUUUCCACAGAGACCGAUCGUCCUCCUCCGGGUGGAUCUGAAGAUGUAGCCAAGAGUGAAGUGGUUCAUCUCUGUGGUACCUCACCAUUCCUGCCCAGGCAUAAUCAGAAACCCCAAACUCUGGAGCACUUUCACACCUAACCAGGCCGUCCUCAGUCAGUCCGUCCCUGGUUGGAGACACUGCUGUCCCCAGCUAUGCUGUUCUCCCUGAGGGAACUGGUCCAGUGGCUGGGCUUUGCCACCUUUGAACUCUUCCUCCACCUGCUAGCUUUGCUGGUCUUCAGCAUGCUGGUGGCUCUGCGAGCUGACAUGUUCACCCCUACGCUGAGCUGGUGGCUAGUGUUCGUCCCGCUGUUUGCUGCCGACGGCCUCAGCACCUACUUCACUGCCAUCGUGUCCAUCCGUCUUUACCAGGAGAAUGAGAAGCGUCUUGCGGUGCUGCGGCUCCUGUGGGUGCUGACAGUGCUCAGCCUGAAGCUGGUGUGCGAGGUGCUGCUGUGCCAGAAGCUGGCGGAGCAGGAGCAAGCGAGGGACCUGUGGUUCGGCCUCAUCGUGUCCCCGCUGUUCAUCCUGCUGCAGCUGCUGAUGAUACGAGCGUGUCGUGUCAACUGAUGAGAGGUAGUCGCACACAGCGAUCACAGGAAAGGAGAGAACUCCUUGUUUGCCAUCAGAGAUUUAAAGCAUAACAGUGGUGUAAUUAUUCUUUUGGCUCAUGGCCACUUUCUUUUUAUUUACAAAAAAAGCAAUUGUGCGUUUUCAAACACGUGUUCCAGGUCUCACCAGAAUCCAGUUUUCUAUUAUUUGUGUUUACAAAAACUUCAAAACGAACACAAAUUUUUACUGCUUACUAAGUUUCAAUGCAGUAUUUACAAAAAUGAAAGUGGACUGUCUACUCUGUGUUGCUAAAUGCUAAAAUACACUUUAUACACAAAGUAUGUUGACUCCCCUAUCAUUUAUAUUAGUGUCCUGGUUUGGACCCCUUGGUUCCAGUGAAGGGAGAUCUUACUGCUACAGCACACAGUUAUAUUUUAGACAAUAGUGUGCUUCCAACUUUGUGGCAACAGUCUGGGUAAAUGCCCUUUCCUGUUUGGAGGUGGCAGUGCUCUCCUGCACAAAGCCAGGUCCAUAAAGAAAUGGUUCUUCCAGUUUAGUGUAGAAGAACUCGAUUGGCCUGCACAGAGCCCUGAGGGGUGAACUGGAAUGGAGACUGAGCCAGGCAUUAUCACCCAACAUCAAUGUUGGAGCAAACCCCUGCAGCUAGGUUUUAAAAUGUUACGGAAAGCCUCUCUAGAAGAGUGGAGGCUCUUAUAGCAGUACGGGUUUGGAAUGAUAACAAUAAUCUGAGAAUAACAGGGUGACUACAUUAUUUUUGCCAUGUAGUGUAAAUAUACUUAACGGUAACUAUUGUUUCGUUGAACCUUGUGUUGAUUCCGAAGACUGAAUGGAAGAAAAUUAUACCUAGACAACGAAUGCCAGUGGUUUGUCUCCUUUUAAUCCGGAUGGAUUAUGGCUGUAUGUAUUUUUUUGUUUGGGGUUUUUUUUUUUAAGACUUUUAGGAAUACAUAGUCAGAUCAGUAAAUGUGUGUCUGGGACAUGGUGUGCCUUUAACAUUGUCCAAUCAAUGGUAGACAAUGAGCCAUGAGGAAAUUUAUACCAGAGUUAUGUUUUAAUGCACACGUGCACACAAAUUUAAUAAACUGGUGAAACCGAAAAGCUGUAAUGCCCCAAGCACCUCUUUUGGGCAACUGUCCCAGGUUCAAGGAGUUCAAGGAAUUGCUGCAGCUUUGUUGCUUUUUCCAAGCGGAAGACAUUGCUUUGGGCACACUCUUGGUUAGGUUUAUUAUCUUGUGUCUCACUUUGUUUCCUUCUGCUGGGAGUGUUGCUCACACAUUUUCGUCCCCCAAAGUUGCCUAGCUUGGUAAUUCCAUCAGUGAAAAUGGUCUGAACGGCAAGAAGCUGGUUCUGAAACUUGCUGUCGGCUCACUUUCUUACCCCCAGUGUAGAAGAACUGAAUGUGAUUUCCACGAGCAGUCAAUUGUGUGCACAUGUCUUCCCUGGACAUUGCUGUUUAUUUGUACAAUAUGUAAUGUAUUUGAUUUGUUGUUUGCUCCUACCUUGUGUAUGUGCUGCAUGUAUUUAAGGCCUCAUUUUAAGGUAAUUCUCAGUGUGAAUUUCUGUGUAAUAUGUUGGUUUUGGAGAGAAAUUCGCCAAAUCUUAUUUAUGUUCUUGUUAUUGGCACCCUUAUAUCAUCUGUAUAUACAUGUAAAUAAACCAUCAACAUUUAA